UCGUUUUGAAGACCGCCACUCAGUAUCUCAGUUCUGCAAAACCCUCAAACUAGUUACUUCUCUCACUUUCUCUCUCUCCCGCCAUGGAAGAGGUCUGCGAGGGCAAGGACUUCUCUUUCCCAAAGUACGAGGAGAAGAUCCUUAAGCUAUGGUCCGAGAUCAAGGCCUUCGAGACCCAAUUGUCUCGCACCCAAAACAUGCCCGAGUACAUUUUCUACGAUGGUCCACCAUUCGCUACCGGUCUUCCUCACUACGGUCACAUCUUGGCCGGAACCAUCAAAGAUAUCGUUACACGGUUCCAAGCCAUGACCGGCCACCACGUCACACGUCGCUUCGGCUGGGACUGCCAUGGCCUCCCGGUCGAGAACGAGAUCGACAAGAAACUUGGGAUCAAGCGCAGGGACGAUGUGCUCAAAAUGGGGAUUGGUAAGUACAAUGAGGAGUGUAGGAGCAUUGUUACGCGCUAUGUUGAGGAAUGGGAGAAGAUUGUGACUCGAACGGGGCGUUGGAUUGACUUCAACAAUGGUUACAAGACAAUGGACUUGAAUUUCAUGGAGACUGUAUGGUGGGUUUUUAGCCAGCUUUAUCAGAAGAACCUUGUAUAUAAAGGUUUUAAGGUCAUGCCAUACAGCACUGGUUGCAAGACACCACUGUCUAAUUUUGAGGCUGGUCAAGAAUACAAGGAUGUUCCUGAUCCUGAAAUAAUGGUGGCUUUUCCAGUUAUUGGUGAUCCACAAGAAGCAGUAUUUGUUGCUUGGACAACAACCCCGUGGACGCUUCCGAGUAAUCUUGCUCUUUGUGUUAAUGCGAGUUUUGUUUAUGUGAAGGUUCGCAACAAGAAUUCUGGAAAAGUAUAUGUAGUUGCUGAAUCUCGGUUGUCUUCACUUCCUAGUGAGAAGCCAAAACCAAAUAUCAUUAAUGGAUCUGUUGAUGAUUCAAAGAAAUCAAGUGUGAAAGCCAAGGGAUCCUCAGCUGGGAAGAAGGAAAAUGUUGAGGAUUCUUACGAGGUUUUGGAGAAAGUGCUGGGUGCUUCAUUGGUGGGAAUGAAGUAUGAACCACUAUUCAAUUACUUUAUGGAGUUCUCUGAUGUAGCAUUUAGAGUAGUUGCAGACAAUUAUGUUACUGAUGACAGUGGUACUGGCAUAGUCCAUUGUGCUCCUGCAUUUGGUGAAGAUGAUUAUCGGGUUUGCUUGGAAAAUGAGGUUAUCCUUAAGGGAGAGAGCCUGAUUGUAGCAGUUGACGAUGACGGCUGCUUUACUUCAAGAAUUACAGAUUUCAGUGGGCGCUAUGUCAAGGAUGCAGAUAAGGAUAUAAUUGAAGCAGUAAAGGCUAAAGGAAGGCUCAUCAAGUCUGGAACGUUCACGCAUUCGUAUCCAUUUUGUUGGAGAUCUAAAACUCCUCUAAUUUAUAGAGCUGUUCCAAGCUGGUUUAUUCGGGUGGAAUUGUUGAAAGAGAAAUUGUUAGAAAACAACAAGGAGACUUACUGGGUUCCUGAUUUUGUAAAGGAAAAACGCUUUCACAAUUGGCUUGAGAAUGCUAGAGACUGGGCUGUCAGUCGAAGUAGAUUUUGGGGCACUCCUUUGCCAGUGUGGAUCAGUGAUGAUGGUGUGGAAAUCAUUGUGAUGGACUCCAUUAAGACACUUGAAGAGCUCUCCGGUGUUAAGGUAACUGACCUGCACCGACACAAGAUUGAUCAUAUUACAAUUCCAUCCAAACGUGGUCCUAAAUUUGGUGUUCUUCGGCGCAUAGAUGAUGUAUUUGAUUGUUGGUUCGAGAGUGGGUCCAUGCCUUAUGCUUAUAUCCACUAUCCAUUCGAGAAUGUCGAACUCUUUGAGAAAAAUUUUCCGGGUCAUUUUGUAGCUGAAGGCUUAGAUCAGACUCGUGGAUGGUUCUACACUCUCAUGGUGUUGUCUACUGCAUUAUUUGGAAAGCCUGCUUUUAGGAAUCUCAUUUGCAAUGGUCUAGUUUUGGCUGAGGAUGGAAAAAAGAUGAGCAAAAGUUUAAAGAACUAUCCAUCCCCAGUAGAAGUUAUCGAUGAUUAUGGGGCUGAUGCAUUACGUUUAUACCUUAUAAACUCGCCAGUUGUACGUGCAGAGCCAUUGCGUUUCAAGAAGGAAGGAGUUUAUGGCGUUGUUAAGGAUGUGUUCCUUCCUUGGUACAAUGCCUAUAGGUUCCUUGUUCAAAAUGCCAAAAGACUUGAGGUCGAGGGGUCUACAUUAUUUGUUCCCGUUGAUCAGGCUACACUUGAAAAAUCAUCUAAUGUUCUUGACCAAUGGAUCAACUCGGCUACUCAGAGUCUGGUACAUUUUGUUCGACAAGAGAUGGAUGCCUAUCGACUUUACACGGUGGUUCCAUAUCUUUUGAAGUUUCUUGACAACCUUACAAAUAUAUAUGUGAGGUUCAAUCGCAAGAGACUGAAAGGCCGUACUGGAGAAGAAGAUUGCAGGACUGCACUCUCUACUCUUUAUAAUGUCCUUUUAGUGUCAUGUAAAGUGAUGGCUCCAUUUACACCAUUCUUCACUGAGGUUCUUUAUCAAAACAUGCAAAAGGUUUCUAACGAAUCAGAGGAAAGCAUUCAUUAUUGUAGUUUUCCUCAGGCAGAAGGAAAGAGGGAUGAACGGAUUGAACAAAGUGUGGCAAGGAUGACGACUAUUAUUGAUCUGGCCCGUAACAUUCGUGAACGUCACAACAAACCCCUUAAAACACCACUGAGGGAGAUGGUAAUAGUUCAUCCCGAUGCAGACUUUCUUGAUGAUAUUGCUGGAAAGCUACAAGAGUAUGUGCUAGAAGAACUCAAUGUGCGUUCCCUAGUCCCAUGUAAUGACACUUUGAAGUAUUCUUCCUUGCGAGCGGAGCCUGAUUUUAGUGUUUUAGGAAAGCGGCUUGGAAAAUCCAUGGGAGUUGUUGCCAAGGAAGUCAAAGCAAUGUCACAGGAGAAUAUUUUAGCUUUUGAGAAGGAUGGAGAAGUUACUAUUGCUGGGCACUCUCUGAAACUUUCGGAUAUUAAGGUUGUAAGAGAUUUCAGACGUCCCGAUGGUAAAACAGAAAAAGAGGUUGAUGCAGCAGGAGAUGGUGAUGUAUUGGUAAUUUUGGAUUUAUGCCCAGAUCAAUCAUUGUUUGAGGCUGGUGUUGCUCGUGAGAUUGUUAAUAGAAUUCAGAAGUUACGGAAAAAAGUUGCACUUGAACCUACUGACAUUGUGGAGGUCUACUUUGAAUCGUUGGAUCAAGAUAAAUCAAUCUCUGAACGAGUUUUGCACUCACAGGGACUUUACAUAAGGGAUGCAAUUGGUUCUCCUUUGCUUCUCUCUAAUUUGAUGCCACCUUAUGCUGUGAUUAUUGGUGAGGAAUGUUUCCACGGGAUUUCUGGUAUGUCAUUUGCAAUUAGUUUGUCACGACCUGCACUAGCCUUCAACUCGAAUGCUAUUCUCCAAUUAUUUUCGGGAAACACAAAAUUCGCAGACGGGCUCAAGGCUUAUUUGUUGUCAAGGGAUCAUUCGAAUUUAAAGUCUGAGUUUCAGUGCGGAAAUGGCAAGAUAACGGUUGGGUGUGUUGAGAACGUUCCUGUGGUGGAUGUCUUGUUGGGGGAACAUGUAUUUUUGACUGUUGGGGACGUCUACUCUACCCCAAAAUCUGGGAAAAAUUGAUUCGUUGCUCAUUUUCAUUAUUGUUUUUUUUCCUUUACAGGGUAAGGGUGGGUUUUUUUUCUAUCACCAUUUAAAUCUCAUACUUUGUAUAGACAGGGGACAGCAAUUAUUAUAAAAUUGGGAAAAUAUUUUCUCCUUUCUAAUUAUGUUAUUAUAGAUUGAAGCAUAAAGAAAUUUUGGAAUUUGUUUCA